AUGGCUCCAAAGAGAAGACCAGUUCCUUUGAACAUUACGCCCAUUGGGGAGGGACAGGCCACCUCCAACACCAUUGAUGCUGCAUCAGAAGCCAACCUUGAGGCCUUACAAAAGAAGCUGGGCGAGCUGGACCUCGAUGAACAGCAACGGAAACGUCUAGAAGCCUUCCUCACCCAGAAAGCCCAGGUUGGGGAGCUGAAGGAUGAAGAUUUUGACCCGAUUUGUGAGUUGGGCGCUGGAAACGGAGGAGUGGUCAACAAGGUCCGCCACAAACCCUCGGGUUUGGUCAUGGCCCGGAAGUUAAUCCACCUGGAAAUCAAGCCUGCCAUCAGAAACCAGAUCAUCAGAGAGCUGCAGGUGCUGCAUGAAUGCAACUCUCCCUACAUCGUGGGCUUCUAUGGAGCCUUUUACAGCGACGGAGAGAUCAGCAUCUGUAUGGAGCACAUGGACGGUGGGUCAUUGGACCAGGUUCUCAAAGAAGCCAGAAGAAUUCCAGAAGAAAUACUUGGGAAAGUUAGCAUAGCUGUGUUGAGGGGAUUAGCUUAUCUACGAGAAAAGCACCAAAUCAUGCACAGAGAUGUCAAGCCCUCCAACAUCCUGGUCAACUCCCGUGGGGAAAUCAAGCUGUGUGACUUUGGUGUGAGCGGCCAGCUCAUAGAUUCCAUGGCCAACUCCUUUGUUGGAACGCGCUCCUACAUGUCGCCGGAGAGACUGCAGGGCACUCACUACUCUGUUCAGUCUGACGUGUGGAGCAUGGGCCUGUCCCUGGUAGAGCUGGCGAUUGGCCGCUACCCCAUCCCCCCACCAGACGCCAAAGAGCUGGAGGCAAUCUUCGGUCGUGCUGUUAUGGACGGGGCUGAGGGAGAGGCUCACACCAACAUGCCUAGGCCUAGACCACCAGGCAGGCCUGUGAGCGGACAUGGGAUGGACAGUAGACCUGCCAUGGCCAUCUUUGAACUGUUGGACUACAUUGUCAAUGAGCCACCCCCUAAACUGCCACACGGCGUCUUCACCAGUGACUUCCAAGACUUUGUGACUAAAUGCUUGAUUAAAAACCCAGCAGAGAGAGCAGAUCUAAAGAUGCUUAUGAGUCACACGUUCAUCAAGCGAUCAGAAGUGGAGGAAGUAGACUUUGCCGGUUGGUUGUGCAAAACCAUGGGUCUCAACCAGCCCAGCACUCCCACUCGGGGUACUGAGUGACCCCCGCCCCCCUUACUCUGACACAUUUCUGGGUCUCUCUUCAUACAUAUUCAAAUACUGUGCAUACAUGUACAUGGUCCACACUGCAUGUUGGCACUUUUUUUUUUUUUUUUUCCAUUUGGCUUUUGGGUAAAACAUUUUUAGCUUCCUUUAGGUUUCUUCGUUAGCAGCAGCAGCAGGGUCCGUUGAGUCAUUACUGUACUGUAAGGCCACAUCUUCAC